AUGGCGGACAAAUACGACGGAGUUAAAACGUUGAAAGGGAAAGACAAAACCAGGUUGAACGACAUCCUGUUUAUGACGGCUGAAGGACGGAAGCAUCUUGAGGAAGCACGGAACGCGGUUAACUCCGAUGUCGACAAGGGCGAUAUAGGCACCAAACGAGCGGGGGACGUGGGCGGCCAGGUGACGACCAAGGCAGACAACGGCGAGGGCAGCUCGAAAACCGCGCAGGUAAGCGGCCCGAGGAGUUGGAAGGCGAUUAACGUUAACGACCAAAACGAGUCGGAAACCUUCAAGACAACCGGCGUCGACAAAGGCAAAGGCAGAAAGGAGGCCAACGGACUGUCAACGUUCGUCACCCCAAUGGCGGCUAAAAGUCGAUGGAAAACCGACACCUUGCAGACCAUCAACACUCCCAAGCAAACGGCAGAUAUCUGGCAGAUAACCGACGCUCGGCGUGUGACGGACGACUUCCAGCUUGCAGCCAGCGGAGCCCUACGGACGGCCGACGUCUCACGGACUACAGACACCCUUCGACCGUGGACCGGCGGGGCCCUGUGGGCGGCCGACGAGUUACCAACGACCAGAUACGCCCAACAGGCGGCCGAUGCACGGCGGACAACCGACGUCGCACAGGCGGCCGACGGCUUUCGAUGGCAAAUGGGUGUAACUCCACAGGUAACCGACGGCCAGCAGGCGGAUAACGUCCUCCAAACAAAGGGCGUGCCGCCGGUAACCAGUGCCGCGCGGACGAUCGAUAUCCCGCAGGCGGCCAACGGCUUCCAACGACCGACGUUGCCAACGACCGGAUUCCAGCAGGAGGACGUUUUCCAGGCAGGGGGCGCGCUACCGAUAACCAAAGCCGCGCGGACGACCGACACCCCACAAGCAGCCCAAACGAUCGGAAACCGACAGGUGCUGCCUCCUAACGGGGGGAGCGACGUUAGUGGAAGCGCUCAAAGGACCACGAGGCGGACACAGGAAGGGAUUGCCUACUUCUGGGACAGGUCGUCGCACAAGCGGAGGAGACAGCUGCUCGACAAUUUGUGGAAUGUCAACAACGAAAUGCUUGGGACAUUUAUCGACAACCCGAUCGCUAACGAGGGAAUACGGAGCAGGAUGAACAACUGGGCGACGGAAUUCUGGGAGGUCGCCACCACGGAUUGCGAAACGAUCGAGGGACUGUCGACAAGCCUCAAGCAGCUGAUUAACGCCAUCGGCGCGGACAGCACAAAACUCCCUGGGAACCUCGCGCUGAGGGAGGUGAUGAUGGACAUCGACAAGAAAGAAGGAUACGUGUCUGAGAGAACGCUAUGCCUGUACAAGAUCGUGGUUAUGGACGUUAUCAAGAUCUACAUCACAGUACGAUCCGGACUGGCGCCCGGCGCCGAGUUCGCCGGGGACUCCCUCUGCUGGAAAGACAUCGUGGGGGUGGACUUCAACCAAUGCAUGAUGACGAAGUUUUUCAUCUCUCA